AUUAUUAUUAUUCUAGGUGUGUAGAGAAUGUCUCGACCUGGCUCCAGUGUAAUGGGUCUCCAUAUUCCUGAUCAGUACACAUCUUCCUUGAACUCCACCAGUACAAGUGGGUACAGUUCACACUACAGCGGGCAGUACAGCGGUCAGACCAGCCCGUACAGGCAGUACAGUCCCAUGCACUAUGGCAGUACGCAGUACAUAACUGUACCUUGCUCAGUUAAAUCCACACCAGUUUGUCAGGCGGAUGUUUCGCACGAGAUUGUCCGCCCAACCCCUCGCCGAGCCGGAGUUCCUUCUUCAAGUGGUUCGCCCCGCCUCUCUCGAGGAUCCCCAGGAGCCCCCUCGCCUGGAGUAACCGCCACCAGCCCUGUUCGCGCACUAAAUAGACCAGCUUGUAACAGCAUGAACGGUCCCUUUCCGCUGCAUAGUUCAACCAGUACUCCAUCAUUGUCCUCUAACGGCUCCCAGCUGACUAUUCCAGUUAACGGACGUUCAUCAGAAUCCCCUUCCCGGCCCCUGGCUACUCACACGCCGGUCAGAGGCCCAGCUAAUCAUACGCCGGUCAGAGGAGACACAGACCUACGAAAAUCAUUGUCCCCGACUAAAGACUUUUCGGAGCAAAGUGAAAAAUUACGCGGGGUUAGUCCAGGGUCUCCGUACUGGUGCGGAGUGGGGUCCAGGGACCCAAUGUCUCGGCAGUACGAGUAUCCGGAGCGGGAUGUACCAAGUGCCGGGCCCGGGAAUAGACUUAUCACAAAUGAAGACAAAUUUCUUCAUGUCACAAACUUAUUGAUUGAUAAAUCUGGAAACAGUUCUCUUUACGAUGAUUCUGGAACCGAAGAGCACCCUUCUGUCAGGCAAGGACGGUCUAGUCUGGUUAAAUAUAAAGCGAAUAAUAAGACGAAACCAAAACGCAAGUUUUUAAACCAUUUGAACCACGGCGGGCGGGAGAAAGGAAAGCGUCAUGAACACACAAAACAAGAUGUAAACAGGUUACCAGCGAAAGGAAGAAUGGGAAAAUUAACGAAUGGUGAAUUUGCGAAAGGUUUGGAGAAAGCCAAUCAGCUGCUCGAGGUAAAAGCUGCUUUGGAGCAGCUUAGCUUCGGUAAUAUCAGCAGCAGUCAUGGAGGAAUAAACAGCAGUUCCUCUACUUUCUCCAGUAUGAGUGAGUAUGAGAGUGAACCGGACAGCUCAGAUAUGCAUGAAGUCCAGGAGCGGAACAGGAAAUGCCGCGCAUCAAGCCAGGAAACAUUGAGCACCACCGUAACAUCAGCUGAUGAAUUCGUCUGGAUAGAUUCUCAUAACAGGUUGGUUGAGGUCCAGCAGGUCCCGUGGACUGCUGAAGAUAUCCACAAGGUUCUUCAGACCGGAGCUGUGAAGGACUCUGCGCACACCUUUUCUAAUGAACUCUACCCUCGUCUGUCCUACUAUAUCCAACGAGCUCUAGUCAGAAUAUCACGUGAGGCCCAGAGGCUGUCUCAGCGGAUUUACAAAUGUUCAAAAUUUGAAAUUCUGGCAGCUUUAAAAGUAGUUUUACCGCCAGUGUUGGCCAACAGUUGUACAAAGGCCUGUUUGAGAGCUGGUACUAUGUACACAAUAUCUAGCGAUUUUAGUAAACAAACCAAAUCUUCCAGGGCUGGACUCAAGCUAGAUGUUGGAAAGUUUCAGCAAUGGAUGGGGUCUGUUAGAGUUGGGAAAUUCAUUCAGGAAUACGCUGCGGUGUACAUGACUGCAGGAAUUGAAAAUAUAAUGGAAGAGGUUCUUCAACAAUGUUUACAAACAGGGGCACAGGUAACUGUAAGUGUACUGGAGGAGUGUAUUGGAUCUAGUUCUGAACUCUGGGGUUUAUUCCAACCCUACGCCCACCUCAGCUCCUGCAGAACCUCCAAAGGGUCCUUGGAAGUUCCAAGAUGUAUGUCCCUGUCUGUUUCUGAUACAAUUCGUUUAUCCUCUGGUGUGAAGACGACCGACAAAUCGUUAUCUCAAAUCCUGUUAACAACAUGUGUUGGAUCAAAGGAUGAAUUGGAGUCUCUUAUAUCUCCUGUUGCUCAGUUUUAUCAUAAAUAUUAUCAUUCUUUGCUCAGCUCUACGAGUAGCCGUGGUCCCCCAACCUGGACUAAAGAUAGCUUACACACUCUUUACCAUUUCAUGAGGUGUUCUCAGCUAGAGAACCAGAACCUAGACCCUUAUUCAAGUAUACAGGAGUUGGUUUAUGAGAGACCGUAUAUGGUUCUUCCUCCACUAAUUGAAUGGUUUAGAGUAGCUGUUGUUUUCAGCAUCAGCAGAUUAAGUUUCUCGGUGGAUAGUGAUGAUGUUUUUCAAGCCGCCAGAGUUUUACUUCCAGGAGCUGAUUAUCCGCCUCUUGGUCAGGCUUUUAACCAGCAAUUCCAGAGUUUACCCAGUUCUGCCCUGGAGGAAAUAGAAUUCAUCAACAGUACAAAGCGCAAUACCGCGUUCCAACUUCUAUUAUCUGGAAGACGAGAGUUGGCUACGCAUGCGCUCACUCUGCUCCCAACCAAUACGAAACUUAACACGGCAAACGAUCAGGGCUUGACACCUUUGAUGGUAGCGUGCCUUCGAGAAGAUUUUGUAGCCGUCAAACUUCUGAUAGAUCUUGGUGCCAUAAUCGAUUUUAGAGUUUCAGCAUCUGAGAAAUGGCAUACCCAAGUUCAUCCUGAGCUGACCCACUGGACCGCCCUUCAUUUUGCUACAAUGACCGGAAGUUAUGAUGUUACAAGACUGUUGCUGGAGAAGGGUGGAAAUGUAGAGGGUAAUGUUGAUGUUGAAGAUGAUAUUUGUACUGAGACCCCUCUACAGCUGGCAGCAGCAGCGGGUAGGGUCGACCUGGUUGAACUCCUGCUUAGCUUCGGAGCAUCUCCUUUCCUUACAACCAUCAAGGUUGAUUCUAUGGCGUUUGGUUCAUCUGCCCAGAAAGGAUCUUAUUCAGCACUGUCUACUGCAGCUACUCAUGGACAAAGAAAGUGUCUACAUAAGCUGAUAACACAUCCCUCUACACUAACAAGUCAGAAUUCUGGAAAAGAUGUUCUUUCAUUGGAGGAAAUACUAGCUGAAGGUGUAUCGAAUGGGGAGGAAAGAACCAGACCAGAUCACAAGAAAACACAGAAAGGAAAUCUGUAUUCGAGGCUGACAAAGGGCAAUGUAAAAAGACUCCAGGAAGCAAUGUAUCAUAGUACCGAGGCAGGGAAUAUUCACAUUACAUUAGAUUUGCGUAAUUUCGGAGUUCCGUGGAGUGUACACUCCUGGAUCAGAACCUUGAUAACAGCUCAUCAUGCUGGUCUUACUUCAGUAGCAGACGAACUCCUACAGGAUUUCUGUAAGGAAUGGACUGAAGAAUGUUCGUCCUAUUUUAUAGACGAGUGCCUGCCUGUACUUUUCUCUCUGUUUCGGACGAGUAGGACGGAAGGAAGUACCCUCCUACUUGCAGACCUACUCUCUGCCUGUUAUUCAAGAGAAAAAAUAGAUAGAAUAGAGUAUACCGAACCUGUCUCUGGAGAGAUGAACGCCGGGUCUAGGAUUGAUCCAAAGUUUGUAAAUAACCCUGAUCUAUCAGAUAUACAGUUCAGAGUGGAAGGUUUACUCUGCUGCCAACCUCCUGGUGUAUGCUGAAGGCUUCCUGCUGCAGAACCUGGUGGCGCUUCUCACCUACGACGACUCCGUAAAGCGGUUGAUCUUUGGGAAGAAGUUACAAAACCACGACGUCCUGUCAGGACUUCUUCGGACACUACAGGACAGGAUGAAGAAAAGAGGACAGAAUAAGUCAAAGAAAUUGUCCUUAUAGUGCCAACACACUGUUGAACAGUUUACAAGAGUGUGAAGUUAUAACUUUGUUAUUUU